AGUCGCCAGUCGCCAGUUUUCCGCCAGUUCUCGUUCUCCACGGAGUACUUCCCAGCGAAUUGCACAGCUUCAAGUGUUUGCACUUUUAGGGACUCCCCACGAGACAGACAAAUGUGAAAAUAUUAACAUUGUUAAUCAAUCCUCGAUAUUCUCCAAGCUGAAUAUACCCCAGUUUUUGUACGAUUACUCGGUAUACACCAAGUCAAAUAUGUCCUGCAAUGAGAAGACAGCGCUGCUGGCAACGCAACAAGGACAUCAACAGCAGCAGCACAUUAUUGUCGUUCCUGCAACGCGGAAGGGUCCAAAGGAUUAUGAUCCCAUUUUCACAACUGCUGAAUACUCCUACGGCUUGACGCUGGAUGAACUGCUGCCCUUCGCCCUGGAUCCCUGGUGGCAGAAUGUGCGGCGCCUCUGCUGCGGGGGCCUGGGGCUCGCCUUUAUCAUGACCCUGAUUGCCGCCCUGGCUCUGGCGUAUUCCGACAGUGUCUGUCCGCAGAAUAGAGCAAUUAGCGGAAAUAUCCCGACCACGACAACACUAUCCACGCCGCUGGCUCUGGCCUCCUACGGCAGUCGCUGAAAUGGCUUUUAGAAAAAUAGCUUUAAGAGACAGAAAUUGAAUGACGUGCUACGCCUGCGCGGACGCUAGACAAUGAUAGAAACAAAACAAAGGCAAAUAAAUUAUUAUUAAAUAUA